CGGUAUUCUCCGGUUCAAACCGAAGAAUAAGACAUCACGGAAGCACAUGGUACCCAGCGUCUGGACUGGAACCUUUGCGACCCAAAUGUAUAUUUGAAGUGUAUGUAUCCCUUUAUAAGAUUUCACCCUGUUUUAUUUGGAAAGUUUUUCAGUUCAGCUCAGAUCGCUAGCAUCAUGGUUCGAGCGAAACGAGCUCAAAAACAGAGGAGGCCUAAAAAGGUGGAACAGUAUGAUGAAGAUGACCCUGAAGCCUACAGAAACAUGCCAGUUCCUGAUAAGAAAUCGUCAGAGUUCAUCAAGGACAGGAUCGACAAUUUUCACGACGAGAAGAUCGCUAAACUUCUCGCUCGUGGAGUUCAGAUGGAGAGUGACGUAGAGGAGCUAGAUGAUGAGGAGGAAGUGAUGGCUCUGGAUGAUUCAGAGUCGGAGGCGGAAGAAGAGGGAUCCGACAUGGAGAGUGAUUUAGAGGAGAAGAAAGAAGAAGACCUUCCUAAUGAAAUGGCGUGGGGAACCAAAAAGAAAAUGUUCUACAACUCGGAUUACAUCACCACCAAGGGGAAAUCACAGGAAGAGUUGGAAGCUGAGGAAGAGGAGGAAGAAGAGGAAGCCAAAAAUAUCCAGAAACGUUUAGCUGCCAAUCUGAGCGAGGAGGAUUAUGAUUUAAGCUGUUUUCAGGAGUUUGCUGUGGAGGAGGAGGAGGACAAACCUGCAGAGAAACAGGAGAGGAUUGUGAAGGAUUUGAAGCAGAUGUCUCAGAAGGAAAAGAUGAAGCUUUUGAAGAAAGAAUCCCCAGAGCUCCUUGAGCUCAUUCAUGACUUCAAAGCAAAGCUCACUGAGCUCAAGGACGAGCUUCAGCCCCUCAUGGAGAUGGUCAAAGAUGGGACGAUCCCUGCAGGGAAGGGGGCGGACUACCUUCAGACAAAACAGCAACUUUAUCUCAACUACUGCACCAACAUCAGCUUCUACUUGGUGCUGAAAGCCAAACGGAUCCCUGCACACAACCACCCUGUGAUAGAACGGCUGCUCACCUACAGAAACCUCAUCAAUGAACUGACGGCAGUAGAUGCUCAUCUGGCUCCAGAAUUUCGCAGACUUCUCACUGCAAAUGAGAAAGUCAAACGUGUGAGCAGAACGACAGAGAAGACUGCCACAACACCAAAGGAAAAGGACUCAGAGGAAACUCCACCUGAGAGCAGCGACUCUGACUUGGACGAGGAGGCAGCUUUGCGUUUCUACAAAGAAGUGGAGGAACGGGUGAAACUGAAGAGGAAGAGCAAAAAUCCAGAAGAGCUGGAAGAAAAUGAGGAAGAGGAUCAGGGAGAUGAAGAGUUGGAUCCAGAUGCCAAAAGAGGAAUCACUUAUCAGAUGGCCAAGAACAAGGGGCUGACACCCAAGAGAAAGAAGAUAGACCGUAAUCCCAGAGUCAAACACAGAGAAAAGUACCGGCGGGCCAAAAUCCGCAGAAAGGGACAGGUUCGGGAGGUUCGUCGGGAGGAAACUCGUUAUGGCGGAGAAGUGUCUGGUAUUCGGGCCGGCGUCAAGAAAAGCACCAAGCUUAAGUAACCAGGAGCGAGUCCAGACUGUGUGGAGCUGCAGCCGCACUGAUGUACAUGUUCAUUAUCAGUUAACAAUCCACACAUCAUGCAUAUUUUACUGAUAACCUGAAUAAACAUUCAAACACGCACAAUAA